GGAUACAGAAAGUAGUCUUGACAGGAACAUCAACAGGGAGGCACGAUGUUGCUGCAGGGGAUCACAAUAAUCGUUUGUGGACUUCUCACUGCAUCAGUCGUCCGUGGAACACCUCUGGGAGACUGUCGACGGAGGUACAUUCUACGCCGAGCAUACCAUCUCGCAGAUGAUAAGAACUGUACCAUAUUCUACAAGUGUGCCCACGCCACGCCAGUUAAACACGUGUGUCCUGAGGGCCUUCACUUCAACAGAAGGCUUGAGGUGUGCGACUGGCCAGGGAGCGCCGGCUGCUCUGACUCGAAACACAAUGCGUCGACAACUUCAACGGCAGCAGAUGGCACGGGUAGCCCAAUGAAACAGCCUCCUGAGCGUUGCCCAGCCCCUGUAGCUUGUCCAGCAAACGAAGAUGAAAAAUCGAAUACCAAACACUUUCCUCACGCUUACAACUGUAGCCAGUUCUGCAAAUGUGAUCAUGGAGUACCCAUCAAAUUUGAUUGUCCAGUAGGACUUUAUUUCAACCCUGUUCUAGAAGUCUGUGACUGGCCACAUAGUUCAAAUUGCUCCAGUAUGUUGUCAAAUAUUCCGAGCACCACUUCUGAACCUUCUCCAACGUUUACCGAACUCACCACCACGACCGUAGAGCCACUGACUGAUGUUCCAAGUACCACAUCUGAACUGUCAGCUGAGAAUGUGUACGAAUCCACUACUAUAUCAACUGAAGAAAGUAGUCCUGAUCCUGCUACUCUAACUAUAGAAUAUACGACUGGCGCACCAACUAAUUUACCAACUGACACCACUGAAUCAUUUACUGUGGAAACUACCGUAGUAUUUAACGUUACUGACGAUACCGCUGUUGCCCCAGAGAGUUCCACAUGGCAAGAAACACUCACUUCUAGUUCCGCAAUGUCACCUGCGCCCGAGACAACUACGGCAAUAACGACUGCCUUCACUGAAGAUACUACCGUGUUAUAUGGAGAUAAAGAUGCUUGUGACAUCAUACAGUCGUGUCCAAAAUACCAUCGGCACUCCGUUGUUAAACAUUUUCCUCACCCUACAAACUGCAGUCUGUACUGUAGAUGCAACCACGGAGUAGCUAUCACUGAGAAAUGUCCUGUUGGAUUGCAUUUCAAUUCAAAGCUUGAAGUAUGUGAUUGGCCUUCAAAUGUAAAUUGCAAAUAGGAAAUCGUUGAUCAUAUUAUUUAAAUUUUUGAUCUGGAUGUUAAUUCAAUAAAUUGCCUAUCUUACUUGUAAGAUCUUUUUUCUGCUGGAAUUAUACAUUUUAAAUAAAUUGUGGAACCCUGAAUCUCUAA